AUGUUGAUAUUUCUUGUUCUCCCAACUUUGGCUAUUGCUUGCGGUCCAGGAACAGGCCAACUUGCGCAAACUGCCACUUUCACCUAUGAAAUUGUCCCACCAGUAAUGUAUACCUGGGCAGCUUCUUUGUCGAAUGGUCAAAUUAGUGAAGCAUACGCUGCACAAGUUGCCAAAUCAGAUGUUCAAUCAGCAGUCAAUGCAGUUCUCACUGCUAACAGUAUUCCAACAACUGAUCUUGCCCUCACCCUCAACUUCUUCCCACCAAACACUCCAUUGGUAACCACUUGCCCUGCAACAGCCUCCGAAACAUCACAAUUCUUCACCCAAGGUGGAUUGGUUCUCUAUAACUGCAGUAACACAAACAGUGCCUAUAGUAUCACUCAAACUGUAAAAGUCACUGCGAUCCAACAAAUUUACGAAAGUCAAUGGCAAACGUUGAACAGUCAAAUUCAAGACAACCUCAAUGCAAAACGUGGAACUCUUUUCCUCUCUUCUUCCUACAUUUUGGCCUAA